AAUAUAUUAUAAAUCAUUGAGUAUCUCGGCAUAAGGAAGAACUCUGUCUGAUUUCGAGUAGGGACUAUCGAGUUCCAGAGUGGGGUGAAUGACUAUUUUGACCGCCGAUGUGUGCAUGUAUUGUACGUAUGUACGAUCUAGUGCUGUUACAACUAUUUGUUUUUUGCUGACAUACCGUCGAGAUAAACGAAUUAACGAGAAUAUGUUUGUAAUACAAUGUUAAACAUAAACCGGAAACAAACGUAAACGAACGAAUGCAAUAGUUCCCGUAGCUGCUAACCUUGUCAACGAGAAAAACAGUUCGAUUCCACGUAGUAGCGAAUAGACGAUUUUAGCAACAUUGGUUUUGCCAUUAGUUUUUUUUAAUCUUUUCAAGUAUUCUGAAGCAUGCAUGGAUAAGCAAUGAUAGGGAUAUCAUGCUAUUGAAAAAACAUCGAAACAACAUGUACAGUUUCGAAGGAGAUUACAGACGUAAACCACAACAAAAUCUAGCUGGUGCAAGCAGAAGGGAUGAUCGAGCAGAAAAGUCAGUUCUGUUGCAGCAUGCUCAAUUGGAACGUUUGAAACGAGAGCAGCAGCGUAGAAGGCACAAUGCAGCAUUAAAAAUUCAGGCAUUUGUUCGCGGCUUCAUUAUCAGGAAGCAUAUGAAGAUCAUUAUGAGAAAAGAGUUCGACGAGCAACAACAAGUAUCUGGUCGUAGAAAUAUAAAUCUAGAGGACUUAACUGUGUAUUUUCGUAAAUUAUUAUUCUUCUGUAACUAUACCUUGGACAUUGGCAGAUUGGUCUGGACUUUGCAACAUUUUUUAAAGCACGAACAAGAAAUCAAACAGAGAUGCGUGAACUGUCCUGAAUGGUUGUGGAGAUCAAGAUGGAUGCUUCGUAUGUGCAUGCAACAUAAUUCACAAGUAUUGAUGGACGGGGCUUCUUCAUUAGCCAUACCUUUAAGAGCUUUAGAGACAUUUACUAGUCGUGAAGAUACAGAAAAGAUUUUGAGAGAAAAAAGUUAUAGAUAUUUAGAAAUCGUCUUUACCUAUUUGAUAAAACACAGAUACUUUGAUCAAUUAAGGAAACUGAUAGAUGAGAAAAUUCCACCUAUGUUAGAAGCAAGUUCUGUCCCAGUGACCCCACUUUCAAAAUGUCUAGUGGAUAUGAUAAAGCGACCACUGGAUUUAAUUUCCUUCUUAGAUCAGAAAGAUGAUUUUUCUAUGCUCGUUUUACGGGAACUUUGCAGAAGCAUACUAUCUCCGAGAAUGACUGAUUCCAUUAGAAUGUUUAUUAUUCCAUCACUGUCUGAAUUCAAAGAAUUUCCAUAUGAUCAACUGAUCGAUUGCAUCAAUAUAAUCAAAAUAGAGCCAACGAUAAGUUUGUUUUAUUCAAUUUUGUCUCUAGAAUCGAAUUGUCUUUCCACAUACAAAUCCAAAGAUGUUCUGAUCAACUACCUGCAAGUUCUGGCUUCCAUGAGUUCGACGAUAAUUCCGUUGGCUGCCGACGAUAACCUAGACCAAGCAGAUGAUUCGGACACGGAAUCUAACGCUAGUAUGAUCGACGAAGAACAAGCCGAUAUUUUGCAUCAAUGCCUGGAAAUGCUGAACACACAGCACCGUGUACAGGAAAUACUGUCAGCGGUGGAUCGAACGAAAGAUCCAGCCGUGUUGCAACCGUUGUGCCAACUCUGUCAUCAUUUGCUGAUCACCAACAAAUUAGCCAUUCAUAAGUAUAAAUUAUUGUACAUGCUUGCUUUCAAGCCAGUAUUCUUAAAGAAUUUAUGGACUGCUCUGUUGUCAGUUUGUCAAGUGUCAUUGUUUGGUGGAUCGACGCCUCUUCUACAGAUCAUAUCGCGGGGACUCGGUCUUUCGAGCGAGGACACGAAAAAAAUCGUUCCGCUUCUGGCCGUGUUUUGUUCUCUGUUCAGUUUACUUAUCGCUACGUUGCACGAUUCAGAAUUCUUCAUUGAAACGACCGAGCAACCGUUAGACGUUAACGGGCAACAGGCGAUGCCGUUCACAAUCCCGGAAUUGGUGAUUCUCUCGAGUCAUUUGAAAGGCGUCUGCUUGGGUCUGGUCGAGCUUGCGUUUCCCGACAGUCGGCCCACCGUGCGUGAUGAUUAUAAGAAUGCUGUCAUCGAUCCUUCGUAUUCUAUUCAGAAUCAACAGGAUACACAAAUGUGGACGCAUCUGUUCAAAGUGACCGUUGGUUUGCUACGUCAACUCCAUACGCGAGAUCUAAGACAGCAAUUCUGUCCGGAAGGACACUGGAUCGCUUCAAACAUCAUGAUACCGAUAGAUAAACCGCAAGAUUUCACGUUUCGCAGACGUAGACUCCGGGGAUACGUUCCAUUUCAAGGGCUUCGUGUGUUCACGCGCGAAGAACUGGAGGAAGGGCCGCCGUUGUCCUCGAAAGAAGUUCGAACAUUGACGCUGCUUCGCGAGAUACCGUUCGUAGUACCGUUCAGCGAUCGAGUAAUGGUAUUCCAGUGGCUGAUUUAUCGGGACAAAUCGGAACAACAAGGUGAAAUAACAAACUUCAUGCAAGGACCAUCGAUAAUGAUAUCGGUAAGAAGAAACUACCUCUACGAGGACGCGUUCCAAAAGUUAUCGCCGGAAAAAGAACCAGAGUUACGAUUAAAAAUGCGUGUACAGCUCGUUAAUACGGCUGGAUUGCAAGAAGCCGGUAUAGACGGUGGCGGUCUGUUUAGAGAAUUUUUAUCGGAACUGUUGAAAACGUGUUUCGACCCUAACAGAGGCUUUUUCAGGCUUACCAAGGAUAACAUGCUGUAUCCGAAUCCUACGGUACCGUCGUUGGUUGACGAUUUCCCGAAGCAUUAUUAUUUUAUCGGUAGAAUUCUCGGGAAAGCGUUGUACGAGAAUCUCUUGGUCGAGCUUCCGUUCGCGGAAUUUUUCCUAUCGAAAAUCGUUGGUCGUCAAUCAGACGUUGAUGUUCAUCACUUAGCCUCCUUAGAUCCGAUUAUGUACAGGAAUCUGUUGUAUCUGAAAAGUUACAAAGGCGAUGUAUCGGAUCUUGGUCUGGACUUCACGAUAUUGUCGGACGAGCUGGGUGAACGACGAGUCGACGAAUUGAAACCGAGCGGUGCCAACAUCCCGGUCACCAAUCAUAAUCGUAUCGAGUACAUCCAUUUGAUGGCUGAUUAUAAGCUAAACAAACAAAUCAGAGCACAGUGUUACGCAUUCAAGCAAGGCAUUGGGAACGUGGUUCCGUUGGAUUGGCUUCAAAUGUUCAGCAACAAAGAGCUACAGGUUCUGAUAUCGGGUGCACAGAUUCCCGUUGACGUAAACGACUUGAAGUUGCAUACAAAUUACACGGGAGGCUAUGCUUCCGAUCAUCCCACGAUCACUGCUUUCUGGAAAGUCGUUAACGAAUUUAACGACCAACAGAAAAGACAGUUGCUCAAAUUCGUUACCAGUUGCAGUCGGCCGCCUCUACUUGGAUUUAAAGAACUCGAUCCACCGUUUUGCAUCCAACAAGCAGGCAGUGUAGAUCACUUGCCAACUUCCAGUACCUGUAUGAAUCUGUUGAAACUCCCGGAGUUCCCAGACGAGAAAAUACUACGCGAAAAACUUUUGUACGCUAUACAAGCUGGCGCAGGCUUCGAACUGAGUUAAGUUCCGUUUUCUCGGACUCCCCGAGGAUAUUCUUUAAUUAAAUCGGUGAUACCUGACUGUACAUAAGAUUGUAUGCGUAAUCGUGAUUACGAUCAAGUGCGUGUUUGAGAAGAAGAAGCAAAGGUUGUCAUAUUUUAUUAAUGAUAAGCGACACGAUUCGAUGUUUACUGAGUGUUCUGUAUGUACUGCGUUCGUUUAGUAAGCAAAAAUAAGGGAUGUUUUUCUUCGAACCGCCGCUUUCGCCCAUCCCAGUAGGUCGAUGUUAGCCAUUCGUAGUUGGGCAGAACAAUGUUUUUAUGAAAUUUUCCAUUGGACAAGGCAAUAAAGUCUGAUAUUGUCCGGACGGGGCCAAUUAAUUAGAUAGCGUCUCGGAAGAACACUACCGAUACAGGGAACAAAUGUGUCAUUUAUUUUCGAUGAAUACGUUGGUUUCACCCUGUUCGGUUGGCGGCGGUAUACACAAUCUUAUACACAAAACUCACGUACGUAUCACGUGUAUACAUAAAUAUACAUAUAUAUAUUUUUUUUUUUGCGUUGUAAC